UCGAGGUGGUGGCCCUCUGUGCUUGGGGAUCCCUUCCAAUCCCUUCAGUCUCCGGCUUGUUUUUCAGUAAGUACAAGCUCACUUCUCAAUCCCUCAGCAUGGCACCGAAGAAGAUUGAACCAAAGAAACCUGAGCCCAAAAAGCCAGAGCCCAAGAAAGAUGCGGCUCCAGCUGCUAAGCCAGCUUCAAAUCUACAGCCACUCCCUGAGCUGCCCGAGGAGCCCGCAUUCGAUCCCAAGAGCAUCACUCUUGAGUUCAGUGCUGAACAGAUCGAGGAGUUCAAGGAGACUUUCACCUUGUUCGACCGCACACCAACUGGAGAAAUGAAGAUCACAUAUGGCCAGUGUGGAGACGUGAUGCGAGCUCUGGGCCAGAACCCAACCAAUUCAGAUGUGCUCAAAGUGCUCGGCAAACCGCGGCCAGAGGACAUGAGCACUAAAAUGGUGGAUUUUGAGACCUUCCUGCCAAUGCUGCAACAUAUCUCCCGUGUUAAAGAUCAAGGCAACUUUGAGGAUUUUGUGGAGGGGCUCAGGGUUUUUGACAAGGAGGGCAAUGGCACCAUCAUGGGAGCGGAGCUGCGUCAUGUGCUGGCGACACUGGGAGAGAGGAUGACAGAAGACGAGGUGGACCGACUGAUGUCCGGUCAGGAGGAUGCCAAUGGGUGUAUCAACUAUUCUUCCUUUGUAAAGCAUAUUCUCUCCGGGUGAAAGUGACAUUGAGCUCUAAAGACUGAACCUCUGUUUCCUCUCAUUUCUGGAUCCUUGCUAAACAUUUGUCCAUGUAGAGGUGAGCAUGUCACUUAAUAUGUGACAUUAUUUCUCUGUCAAGAGUAGCAAUUAAUGUUUCGUGAUAAAAUGUCGGCCGCAAGACCUAUGAUUAGAUAAUUUUAAUAAACACGAUGAAGUAUCAUGAAAUGGCAGUGAGAUAAAAUGGACAUCCAAAACGAAAACUACAUCAAUAAAGGAAAUAUUAUUAUAAA